UCUAAGGGGAGGGGGGAGUGAGGAGGUUACAAAUACUAUUACGCCCCUCCAGCUUCCCAAAGCAAGUUUGUUCUAUUUAUAUAUAAUAUACAUUUUUACACAUUCGUGCAGACAGACAAGCGGGAUCGGUCUCGAGCAAUUCAAGGAAAGCAACUAUUAGGCGUUCACUGUUCACACAUUUUGUGAGUAGCUUCCCUUGACAUACUCUCCCCACACUGGGGUAUCUAAGGACGCCACUGCCCCACGCAAAGAAUCAUAGGCCAAAGCCUAGUCAUAGAACACGGCGUGCAUGCACCCGCCAGGCAAUAACACGGCUGACAGGGUCAUGUUUAUUACGUUAGCCAACGCUUCGGGCAAGGACAGAGUGGCAGUUCGCUUGCCACGGAUGAUUUGUGUCUGUCAAUAGUGUCAGACAUGAUCCCAUAAGCUUCUAGACAGCUACACCAGGCUAGAUCUAGAAUCCAGUAUCUAGUCCAACAUUCAACUCGGUAUUGCUAUACCUGACUGGUAGCCGUAGGGUGUACGUGGAGUGUGUGGCGAGAUAAAGGCUGGUUUGUCUUCUGUUAUUUUGCUGAAGGGCGUACGUUUUUAAGCUGGCGUGCUAUUUGUGCGAGGCAGAGAGAUUAAAUUAUAAUUUAUUCCUGAAUAAGGUUCGUUUUGCUUUGAGUUGACUUUUAUUGCCUCUUGACUUGAAGCAAUUCAAAUGUAAUAAUGUAAGGACCUUUCCGGAAUUACCAGUUCUAUAUUCUAUUCACUACUCUAUUCAGUAAACCAAGCGCAGCAAUCACGAAAAGGCUCCGACGUCUCUAGGUCAUUUUCAGAUUCUGAGUGCUAUUGGAGUGUUAUGAGUCUUAUUUUGCUUUUUAAGUUUUCUUGAUGAGCUAGGGAUUAUAUGGGACGUUCUUUCGUGUAGUAGAAUUAUAUUGGAUAUUCUGCCACAGAGUGGAAUUUUUAUAGGACAUGUUAUAUAGAUCUAGACAGAUAUCUAUAGAUCUUAUUUUUUAGAGCAUGCAGACAGAGAAAGGAGUAAUUGCAAACUGUACGUUAUCGUGAGUGUCUGUCUCAAGGUCUGGUGCUGGAAGAAAACGAAGUCUGUUACGUUUGCUUUGGUUGAGAAUCUUUCAUAAAAGCUUCUUUUGAUAUUUCUAAAAAUAUAUAGGCCUACUAGAAUGUAAGAUACAUUUUUGAAUGAUUGCUUUUAUACCAUUAGAUAUGACUGGACUUGGGAAAAGUGGGUUCGGAGUAGAAUGAGUUUGUUGUUCAACUUUAUUGUUGAAAAGCAAGACAUAGAGGGAAAGAAAAAAUAACGAGGAUGUCUUCCAAGGCAGUGGUCAAUCCUGCCCUUGGUGAAUUCUUCACUGCUGUCAGAUUUUCCAACUGUAAAAAGAUCAAAAAGAUGCUCAAGGACCGAGUGGUGGAUGUGGAAGACGUAGACCUGUCAGACUCGUGUCGACCCACGGCCAUCAUUGUGGCCAGCGAGUUAGGGCUGCUGGAGGUGGUCAAGACGCUGAUGAGAGCCAAACCCAAACCAGCAGACGUCAAUGCAGAAACCCGAAAAGGACGCAGAGCCAUCUGGUGGGCGGCAAAGUCAAGCAAUCUGGAGCUGGCGCAGCUGCUGGUCUCAGAGAAGAAAUGUGAGGUGAACUACGUGGACAAAGAAACAGGCUGUACCCCCCUGUACCGGGCAAUCAUCUCCAACUGCGCUCCGGUGGCCAGAGAACUGGUACACGCCGGAGCAGAUGUGAACAUUCGAAGACUCGGCUUCGACAUCGGCGCAGAAACACCUCUCAUCAAAUCUGUCCAACUAAACAACCUGGAAAUCUGCGACCUACUCGUGAAUUCUAUGUGCAAAAUUCAUGCCAAGACAGAGGAAGGACUGACUGCUUUACAUUUUUCUAUUGCUUAUCGGCGCUAUGAAAUCUGUGAAUAUCUCCUCAAGAGCGGGAUAAAGGUCAACGCCUGCAGCAACCACGGUGUGACGGCCAUGACGGUGGCAAUAGAACAACACAACCCCUACAUGGUCCGGCUUCUCGUGCAGUUUGGAUACAAACUCAAUAAGCCUUACAAGUGGAGUGAGACACCCUUGGAACAAGCCAUAAAAAUCCACAGCCAGGAAUGUGCCCUCACUCUACUACACUGGGGAUGCAGCCGGAAGAGAAAGAGAAAACAGACGUCGUAUUUCUACCUGGCCGUCAACGAAAAGCAAUGGUCGAUUGUUCGCUUCCUCACUCAUCUGAAUCCGAUGUACUUGCAAGAGACCUGGAUCCGAGCUGCGAAAUGGCCAGUCUCCAUCUAUCACCGCCCCGACGCAAGAGAAUAUCUUCUGAAUGCUGCGAAAGAAGUUUGGACUCUCAAACAAUACUGCAGAGCAGUGGUGUUUAACACCAUCGGUAAAUACGCUCCAGUGAAAAUUGACAAGUUGCCAUUACCGCCGGUGCUGAAAGAAUAUCUCAAGUUCAAUGAGUUUGUGAAAGAGGACUUUUACAUUCAGGAACCUCUGGAGAAAGUGGAGUGUCCGUUUGACUGCCCAACCAUUUGUCCACAGCGUAACUGCCCCGAGCUGGACAUUUCCAUCUCCUCAGAUACGGACUCGGAGUUUGAAAUUUAGGUCUUCUCAGAUGUGAAACAUCCACAGGAAAGUGGUCACACAACAAAGAUGUUGAUGGUUAGAUACCCAAAUAUUAUAAGUAUUGCAAAUUUUAAAAAAAGAUUAUGCCUCUAUCAACACAAUUUAGAUCAUUUAGGAGGCAGGCUUUAACCAUGCCUGUCUGGGCUAACUGGGCUGAGAGGGAUACACCAUCCUGGCAGAAAAAUUUAGUAAACUCGAAUAAAAUUUUCCCUACUCAGGAAAUGAACUCAGGUUUCCUGCAUGUGAUGCAAAAAAAUCUUAAUCAUGGCACCACAGACACUAAUAUAGAUAGCCAGAACAUUGGAAUGGAAUCCGAAUUGUUGCCAUAUCUUUCUCUUUAGGCGACCUGUUCCUGACAAAUCAUACCUUUAUUUUCAAGUGACCUGUUCCUGACAAGAGUGGUAUACAUUGUCAUCAUUCACAGACUCACCAUGUUGUCUGCCAGCUUUACGACUUAUUUCACUUGAAUCAAUCGUUCGUCCUUUUUGAUUGCCAUUGUCAUUCAUUUGAAUCAUUUUGACUGUAAUUCAUUCUAAUCAUUUUGACCGUAAUCCUUUCAAAAUUAUUUUGACCGCCAUUAAUUCAAAUCAGUUUGACGGAAACUUAUUCGAAUCAUUUCGACUGCUAUUCAUUCAAAUAAUUUUGAUCAUCAUUCAUAACCAUUUUGACUAUCAUAUGUAAUCAUUUAGACUGAUAUUCAUAAUGCUCGUGCCUGUUGGUCAUAAUAUAAUUUUUUAGACAAUUAGCCUCAGUGAGUUCAACAACUUUUACCAUUUUUAUUUUUAAAAAUACCUGUGAAGACUACAGCAAAAAACGGCACAGUCACAUUUUGGUGAUUCAGAGAAAUGUUACUUUUUAUUUUAAGUUUUGAACCUCAUAUCUUCCAAAGGAGAUAAAAUUUGCUUCUUUUCUUUUUUAGAUAGAUCCUGAUCUUUUUUCUGUUUGAAAUGUUCUGUCAUGCUAACAUGUUGUGUCUUGAAACUCCCUUGGAGCAUAGCUCAAAGUAUUAAUAAGAAAUGUGAAUGUACUGUUUUUUCCCUUGUGGUCAUUUCGCUUCGUACUUUGGUCAUUGUGUUGUGCAAAGGUAAGCAAUGUUGUCUCACACUAAUUUAUAGUGACUAUACCGGUUUCUUUGACAAUUGUUUUGUUCUCAUUUUCGAGGACACCAUUUCUGUGCAUUCAGAAGCUGAUACAACUGGUCUUGUAAGUUUGCUUGUCGUUGUUGUUGUCGCUGUUGUAAUUGUCAUUGUUAGGUGAAAUCCCAGGACUUGGGUACAUGUGCCAUGGUUCAUGCAGUAUGUGUAGUUGUUGCUGUUGUUGUUAUUGUUGGGGUUGUUACCACAGUUCAGCAUGAUGCUAACUGAGCUUUGGUGUGGAUUACCCUGAUUCAAAACCCAAGUGAACCCCAGAGGAUAUUCUUGAAGUUUGUCUUAAGUUUCCACCAAGGCUCCCCGCCCACUAGUCUCUGUCCUAUUGGACAAGGACAUUAAAUUCGGAGGUCCCGCCUCUUUAGAAUAUCCCUGCAGUGUUGAAUGGGGGGUAGUACCCAUACAUUUACCAGUCCAUUUGAGGUCUCAGAAGCCUCAAAAUUUCACUUGUCCCGCAGAGCUGAAACUACCUCAAUCUCGUGUUUGUUGUGUCUGGCACAGCACAGAGAAGUUGAUGGUUGGCGGGUGCUCUGGUGUGGUUUGCUCCUUCUUUCCUAUCAAAUAUCUAUCAUCAUUCUCUCUUCUUCUUUUCUUUGUAUAUUACUCUCUAAUAACACUUGUAUUUUUGUUUUUUAAACGACUUUUUUGUGCUGCAAUUGGCCCAAAACUCAUCCUAAAAGCAAAAAAAGAGAAAGUUUUUACUCUAUAAAAUGCUAGCAUCAGCACUCGGUUAACAAAACGUCGCACUCUCCUUGUGAGACAAAAGGACUCUUAAAAAAAAAAAUACAAACACUCGCUUAAGAUCAUGAUUGCUUUGAUAGUUUUACAGUACAAAGCGUUCUCUCUCAGCUCAGCCUCUGGGACAGAAACUGGGGUCUCUUACAAGUGGCCUCCUGCGGUGUAAGAGCCUUGCUGAGUAAUAAAGGAAAAUGCUUCACUACACAAAGUGUGAGUGACAGAGGAAAGCCAAUGGUUCAUGUAGCAAUUCUGUGUUGAAACGAGAUAUCUCAAGUUCUGUGAUAAUGAUACCAGAUCUCAAAGUGCUAGUACAUAUUUACAAUGUACAGUUCCAUUUUUGUGUGUGUGUGAGCGAGUGUGUGUGUGCGUUUGGAUACUGUACGAUAUAGUCAUGUGUGCUAUGAAGUGCAGAAAACGGGUAUGGCGUUCAAUAAACGUACAAAAACAAAAUUUGACAAAGA